AUGCUCUCCAAGCUCUCCGCAGCCUUGCUAGUCGGCACCGCCCUAGCCACCCCGGCGGACGUACAAACUCGCCAGAACAACUGCCCCAGCAUCCAUGUCUUCGGUGCCCGCGAGACCACGGCUUCUCCGGGCUUCGGCACCGCCGGACAGGUCGUCAACUUGGUCCUGAAUGCUCACCCGGGCGCUACCUCCGAGGCCAUCGAUUAUCCGGCCACUGGCGAUAAUCAGUACAAUACCUCGGUUCAGAAAGGCGUCAAGGCCGUCACCAACCAGGUGACUAGCUUUGUGAACCGAUGCCCAAAUACUAAGGUUGUGCUGGUUGGUUAUUCGCAGGGCGCCCAAAUCAUCGACGACGCCAUGUGCGGCGGCGGCGACCCAAACAUGGGAAUCACCGACACCGCAGCCCCCAUCUCCAGCUCCGUCGGAUCCCACGUCAAGGCCAUGAUCUGGAUGGGCAACCCGCGCCACACGCCGGGGGCCUCAUACAACAAGGGGACCUCGAACUCUCCUGGGUUCGAUCCUCGGCCCAGUGGCCAGACUUGUAGCGAGUAUGCCAACUUGAUCCAGUCGUACUGCGACCAGGCGGAUCCGUACUGCUCGAAUGGGAACGAUGGAAGCGUUCAUCAGAGUUAUGGUAAGGUGUAUGGGCAGGCGGCGUUGCAGUUUGUGAAUAGUAAGUUGAACUAG